CUCUUUUGUCAUUUUUUUCAAUUCGUGCCAAGACGGUUUUAGCAGCCAGACAGUCGGUCGUGGGAUUAUGUAUAAGUACACCGAGUGCUGAAGUGCUGCUUAAGAACCAUAGUAGCCGCAGACACUCUCUCACGCGAUCAUCUAACAAUCACUGGUCUGGAUUUGAGCAAGGGUCAUCAAAUCUCUGGACCCAUUCCAUUUGCCCACGACAGAUUGUCCGCCUUUCCUAGCCAUUGCACGACAUGACGAACAUCACCGAGGCCAAGUUUCAUGAAGUCGAUGCAACCGAUAUCAAUGCUGCGACUCAAGAUUCUCCACAUCAUCCAGAUAAUAUCUCCAAGGACAAAGCGGCCAUGAAGAGCAUGUAUGAGGCUGCGAAGUCUGCAUCGGACAAGGAACAUAAGAUGACCUUGAUGCAGGGACUUCGUCUGUACCCCAAGGCGGUAGCGUGGAGCAUUCUCAUCAGUACCUGUAUAGCCAUGGAGGGCUAUGAUGUGGCGUUGGUCGGCAACUUUUACGCCUUUGACACGUUCAAUCGCAAGUAUGGUGAAUUGACCAAGGAUGGAACGUACCAAGUUCCAGCGCGUUGGCAAGCUGGCCUGUCAAAUGGGGCACAAUGUGGAGAGAUUAUCGGACUCAUCAUCAAUGGCGUUGUAUCCGAACGGUUUGGAUACAGAUACACCGUCAUGGCUUGUCUCGUCGCCAUCACCGCGUUCAUCGCUAUCUUCUUCACCGCACCGAAUAUACAGGUCUUACUCGUGGCUGAAAUACUCGCGGGUAUCCCAUGGGGUGUCUUCCAGACCUUGACGAUCACCUAUGCGUCAGAGGUCUGCCCAGUAGCUUUGAGAGGUUUCUUAACAUGUUAUGUCAAUUUCUGCUGGGGUCUGGGACAGGAGAUAGCUAUCGGAGUUAUCAAAGGCGUCUUGCAUCGGACCGAUGAAUGGGCCUACAAGAUCCCAUAUGGUCUGCAAUGGAUGUGGCCGGUGCCAUUGUUCAUCGGCGUGUGGUUUGCGCCGGAAUCACCCUGGUGGCUCGUACGACAUGGCAGAAUCGAGGAUGCGAAACGAUCUCUGUUACGACUCACGUCCAAGUCUCAGCAAGACGACUCAGAUCCCGACGAGACAAUCGCCAUGAUUCAACAUACGACAGAACUCGAGAAGGACAUCACGAGUGGCGCUUCGUACUGGGACUGUUUUAAAGGCACCGAUUUGAGGCGGACGGAGAUUGUCUGUGUCAUCUGGAGUAUCCAGACACUGUCUGGGAAUACAUUCUCCAACUACUCCACAUACUUCCUGACUCAGGCCGGAUUGGACCCGUCCGCAUCGUACUCCUUUGCCCUCGGGCAAUAUGGAAUCAACAUGAUCGGGGUCUUAGGGGCAUGGUCUCUCAUGGCUUUGGGGAUGGGUCGACGGACGCUUUUACUCGGUGGUCUGACCGGUCUCUGUGUAACGCUUUUUGUCCUUGGAUUUUUGGGCAUUCCGAAGACCAAUGCCGCCCAUCUAGCGACCGGGUCUAUCAUGCUUGUGUGGGCGUUAUUCUACCAAUGUUCAGUCGGAACCAUUGCCUAUUCGCUUGUGGCGGAAAUGUCGACCCGGCGACUUCAAAUCAAGACGGUCGUGCUCGGUCGAUGCUGCUACAACAUCACAGCCAUCAUCGCCAAUGUCCUGACUCCCUAUAUGAUCAAUCCGACCGCCUGGGCAUGGGGUAAUUAUGCUGGCUUUUUCUGGGGAGGAUCCUGUUUACUAUGCUUGAUCUAUGCGUAUUUCCGCGUCCCGGAACCUGGUGGAAGGACGUUUGCGGAAUUGGACUUGUUGUUUGAACGCGGUGUGCCGGCGAGAAAGUUCAAAGAGACCAAAGUCGACGUAUUUGACGUUGCGCUCGCUCACCAAGUCGAGAUGGAUAAACCCGAAGUGGGUCAUGCUGAAAAGGUCUGAUGGCGUUGAUUUGUGCAGGAUAGGAGAUGGAGCCGUCAGCCAGUCUGUAGUCUUGACACAUGUAGCGUCAUAGAAGUGCAACAUCAGAUUA